CUUUCCUUUCACUUCUGAUAUGAUCGGAUCUGCGUUAUCUUUAUCACUAAUUGGUCAUUCACAAGAUUUAACGACUGCCCGUCAUUUAACUCGAAAUAGUACCAUAAAUAUUCCUACUAGGUUGAUUCCAUCUGAGAGCGUUGCUCCCAGCGAAACUGAUAAUACGUCGAGAUUGAAUGUUUUGGAUGAUCAUACGGCUAUGGAUGCUGGGUUUUUAAGUGUUACUCCUAAUACUCCCGCAGUAAACCGUCUUCUUCAUGAACCAAUAGAGGAGGAAGAUGAAGAACGUGAAGAUGACGAUCAGUCUUAUAGCAGGUCAAAAACAACGAUGAUAAUAUAAAUCUUGUAAGCUUACAUUAAUAAAUAAGACCUGAUAUUUGUGUCAUCUUAUUAAUAAGGUAUUUAUGUUUUACAUGUUUCACUCGAAAUCUUGC